AUGCAGAUCACAAUUUAUACUGAAGUUACACGGCGUAAAUUAACAGAGGUACUUGUUCUCUGGUUGGGUUACUCCUCCUUCGCAAUCAACCCAUUUCUGUAUGGUUGCUUAAAUCGUGCAAUUCGAGCUGAACUUAAAAAUUAUAUCAGAAAAUAA